AUAGCGAGACUAUUUACCCAGGGUGUGUAUCCCAGUGUAUCCCAGUGUGUCUAUACCCAGUGUAUAGAGUAUAGCCGCCGACUCACUCGUGUAGGAACAGCUGUCCUCGUCGCCAUGGGAACCUUCCAGCGUCCAGCUGUGCUUCUCUGCAUUUUGGGUGUGGUUGGUGGGGGGCGGCAACUCCUACAGGACGACCUCCACAUCGCUCUCAACCUGGACUGGGCCAUGAACUGGGGGGAGUGGGGCCCUGAGGCCUUCUGCCCCGAUGGCACCUUCGCCUACGCCUUCGACAUCAAGGUAGAGACGGAGGGGAGCGCUGACGACACCUCCAUGAAUGGCAUCACGUUGUACUGUCGCGCCCUGGCUGAUGUCGGCCAUGACGGAGUACCGCCCAAAAAGGACGCGAAGGAGUUCUCCAUCACCUCCACCGUCCAGAGAUGGGGCGACUGGCGGGGUAGGCAGGCGUGCCCUGAGGGUCUGCUGACGGGGCUCAAGAUGAAGAGCGAGGCGUACCAGGGUAUCCUGGAAGACGACACCGCCGCCAACGACCUGGAGAUGCAGUGUGACUGGUCCACCUUCACUUUGAGUGGCGGUGGUAAUGAAUGGGGCGACUGGAGUGACUUUGCUACCUGUCCUGACGGGUGGGCCAUAUGUGGUAUCCAGACAAAAGUCGAGGCUGAUUCUGCCACGGACGACACCGCCCUCAACAACGUGAUCAUGUUCUGUUGUGAGCUGCCUGUCUCCGUUGGCCACUAGUCCCGACGGUUCGCCCCUUGGUCACGGGCGACGUCCCACAGCCCAGCCUGGACGGGAGACUACGGAAGCUCUCUUCAUAUGAGGCGGAGCUGGGACGUGAAAAUACUUCAGCAUCACAUACACAUUCCAAUUAAAAAGUUUUAAACA